AACAUUGGCAACAGCAACACCUUUGAGUACAUUGUGAAUAUUGUGUAUAUUGACCUACUGUACAUUAAUAAUUAUCAAUAAUGACACGUAAAACAUUAUUGAAAUAGUAGUAAACCGACAAUCAACAAACCCCUAACUAUCUUUGUAAAUUUAAAUUUAAAAUUUAUUUUUUUUAAUGCACCUGACAAAUUUUAUUUAUUUCGACGUGUAAAUUGCUUCCAUACUUUUACCUGAUAAUUAAAUUAAUCUACAUACGAUGUAUUUCAAAGUUAUGUGAAUAAUUUAAAUAUUAUUUCAAGUGGGUCAAAGAUUAUUUUAUUUUUUUUUUAUUUUUAUUGUUUAAGUACUUGCAGGCACAAUGAGUCAGUUUCAAAACACGCAGAUGAUAACAGUUGCUCUGGGAGCAACAAUUGGAGUAAUUGGUGCCGCUAGCUUAUUUAUUUAUCAAAAAAUAAUGGAACACAGAGAACGCGAGCAAAUGUUGAAUAAUUUAGAAAAUGUCAAUCGCAGAGUUUCGGAAUUACAAGAAGCAUUAGAUAAUUUGAGAGCACAACAAGAAAAACUUCGAGUUAAAAAAUCUAAGAAUUCAAGAAAAAGAAAGACAUCAGCAAGUAGUUUUUACACAACAACAAAUGAAACAGAUAUUGAGAACGAUGGAGUAUCAGUUACUGAAACAGACGUCGAUGAUGAAUUUUAUGACUGUUCUGAUGAUGAAGUAGCCAAUGAAGAACUCGAAAAUGGGACAGCAGGAGUAAUGCUGCCAUUGUUCGAUAAACUUCUCGAGCUGGAUAUGAAAAUUGAACAGGAAAUAUUUUAUGAUGAGGUAUUAGAGGAAUUGCGUUCGUUGGCUCUUUGGCAUGAUGACAAUAUUGAAGUCGCUUGGAGACUGGCAAGGGCUUACUUUAAAAAUGCUUCUUUACUUACUGAUACUAAAGAGCAAGAUAUUAUAUUACAAGAAGGUAUUAAAUCUUGUCAAAAAUUUCUCGAUACUGAUAAUGUUGAUCUCCACAAAUAUUAUGCUUUACUUGUUGGUUUACGUACUGAAUAUUUACCAACUAAAGAAAAACUCGCAGCUGGUAAAGAAUUUGAAAAACAUGUUAAAUUAGCAUUGAAAUUAAGUCCCGAUGACGCUUUACUCAAUCAUUUACUUGGAAGAUUUCAGUACAGCGUUUCAAAUUUAACUUGGUUUGAAAGAAAAAUUUGCGAAACAUUAUUCGGAGAAGCACCCAAAGCAACCUAUGAAGAGGCAAUAAAACAUUUGGAGCACGCAGAGAAUCAUGUCAAGGUGCCCGAAAUACCCAACAAAUAUUUCUUGGCACAAGCAUAUUUAAAAACAAAGUCCUACGGCAAAGCUAUUGAAUUGCUUAAAGAAUUAAAAGAUCUUCCAGCAUGUAAUAGUAAAGAAGAAACGAUGAAAUCUGAAGCUCCUAAUCUUAUAUCAACAUACUCUUCUUACUGUUGAUGUCUCCUUUACCUUCUCCUCUUACCCAACUACUUAUAAAAACAAAUGAUAGUAAAGUUAGCAGACAUCGUACAAUUUUUAAAACUUUUUAAUAAUAAAUUUAAAUGUUUAUAAUAUAAAAAUAAAAAAAUGCAUAUUUAGAGAAUUAAAAAUUCAGUGCAUGCAUUUUUUUAAAUUUUAUUGUUUUAAGUAUUUAUUUUUUUUAUAUGUAAUUAAAAAAUUGUAUGUCUGCUACAUUUACACUCAUUUUAAACAAUUCUACUUUAUAAAUAAUAAUAAUAAUGAUAAUAAUUGAAUAUUAAAUUUAUUAAACUACGGCUUUGCGAUACUGUCGCUGAUCAGUAAUUUUACUGUCAAUACUUAAACCCACGGCACUGUUAUGUAAUUUUACACAAAUUUUUACUGUAUAACAAAAAAAAAAAAUUUUUUUAAAUCAUGACCGCGUAAAUGCGCUUUUUAAAUAAUUUUAAUAUUCUGACAUUCCCAUUAAAUUAAUUUUUAAUACGUAAUUUUUUAGUAUCCAAAGUCCGUAAAUAGAAUUUAAAAUACCAAUUAUUUGUGUAAUAAUUAGUAAUUAAAAUAAUUAUUUUAAAUAGUUUAAUUGUAGUGUAAAUGGUGCUCUGAUGUUUUAUAAAUUAAAUAUAUUUUAUUUAUAUAUUAUUGUAAAUUAAUAAUUAAUUAAAAACAAUUGAUAUGAGUAAUCAUGAAGCUAUCAGCUGUAAAGGCAUAAAUUG